UUUUAAGUCAUGGAUAGCAAUUCCAUAACCUAAGGGGCCAAAGUGUAUGCUAGUAGGCCUAAAACCUCACUUCCCCAACCUUGGUACUUCUCCCAGACGGCUUAAACCCGCCGCCGUAAUCACUAUCUCCGGCGCCGUUACAAAGUCCAAGCAGAAGUUCUUAUGCUAUAAGAUUCUGUAAUCAUGAGGUGCUUUAAUCGAUUUAUCAAUCAAUUGCUGUCUCGCCGUUCAAGAACUAUUUCCACAUAUCAAACACCUUAUGUGCAUUCACGAAUUCCACAGUCCAAGAUUCAAAAUUUAUCCAAAACCCAUUUCUACAGCUUCACUAAAUCGUUAAUUAGUUCAAAUUUCACAACAUCAGCUCAGGAGUCUAAGCCGGCCCCAUCCGAGAGAGUAUCUGCGAUAGUCGAUGAGAUUUCGGGUCUAACGUUGCUGGAAGUAUCGGAUUUGGGGGAGGUUCUAAGGAAGAAAAUGGGUAUUGAAGAGAUGCCUGUAAUGGCAAUGAUGAUGCCUGGAAUGGGAUUUAGUGCUGGAGGGAUGAAGGGAAAGGGUGCAGGAGCUGCGGGAAAGACGGAGGAGAAGGCGGAGAAGACUGUGUUUGAUCUGAAGCUUGAAGGGGGAUUUGAUGCCGGGGCAAAGAUUAAGAUUAUCAAGGAAGUGAGAUCUUUUACUGAUCUGGGACUCAAGGAGGCUAAGGAUUUGGUGGAAAAGGCUCCAGCUAGUUUGAAGAAAGGGGUUACGAAAGAGGAGGCUGAGAAAAUUAUUGAGAAGAUGAAAGCGGUUGGAGCCAAAGUCACUAUGGAGUGAGAUCCCUUGAUUGUAUUUUUGCAACAAAGAUCGGGAGCUAACAGGUCAUGACUUUGAAAACACAAUCUGCAUUUGGUGAUGCAUCAUGUUUGGAGGUUCGUGGUUACUCAAGGGCUAGCUUUUCUGUUUUGAAAAUAAAGGAGACGGUGACUCUCCUAGGACAUUGUAGAGCUAUUUGGUUGAGAACUGACAUCUUAUAAUGAAUUCACGUUGUUAUAGGUAUGAUAGAUAGUGAGCUGAAAAAAACUGUGGUAUAUUUGCAACCAUGGAUUAGUUUCCAAUUCAGUUUAGAUCAGUUUGUACUCUUUUUAAUUAUUUAGGCUACAGUUGGUUUGAGAUUAUCCU